AAUAAGAAAAAGAAAAAAAAGUGAAAAAGCGUUGGCGCGACUAUUCCGCUUAGACUUGAAGCAAAGAAUGAGCUCUAAGAGCAAGAGACCACCGCCUGACCCGGUGGCUGUGCUGAGAGGUCACCGCGCUUCCGUCACCGAUGCUUGCUUCCAUCCGUCGAGACCCAUUCUAUUCACCGGCUCUACAGAUGGUGAGAUGCGGAUUUGGGACACGAUUCAGCAUCGCACAGUAUCAUCUGCAUGGGCUCAUAGUGCUGCCCAUGGGAUUAUAGCCGUUGCUUGUAGUUCUUUGUCGGGUACCAACAAAGUUAUCAGUCAGGGCAGGGAUGGAACUGUCAAGUGUUGGGACAUAGAAGAGGGAGGUCUCUCCAGGGCACCUACACUUACAAUCAGGACAAAUGCUUACCACUUUUGCAAGCUUUCCUUGGUGAAGAAACCUAUUGCUAAUGUGAAGCAAGCCUACCCUGAUGUGCUAGGGAAGGAAACUGUUGAUAUAGAAAGUUCCGAUGAUAGCAGAGGAAAGACUGUGGAAAAUCAAGUAGAGGGUUCCAACACCUUUCAAGGUGGAUUUGUAGAAGAAACAUAUGUUGAAGGACUUAAGUAUGUGGCUAUGGCAGGAGAGCAAUCUUCUGAGGUUGAGAUUUGGGAUCUCAAUACUAGUGAAAGAUCUGUACGGCUACCUCUAGACAACUUUGGUGGUUCUUCCAGUUUCUCUACUAAGGAGAGAGGAAUGUGCAUGGCAGUUCAAUCCUUUCUACUACCUGGAUCACAGGGUUUUCUUAAUGUCUUGGCUGGUUAUGAGGAUGGUUCCAUUCUUUGGUGGGAUAUACGUAAUCCAGGGGUUCCUGUAACUUCUGUGAAGUUCCAUUCAGAGCCAGUUCUAAGUUUAUGCAUUGAUGGAUCAUGCAAUGGAGGUAUCUCAGGGGCGGCAGAUGACAAGAUUGUAAUUUACAAUUUGGAUCAUCCCAUGGGUUCUUGUGUUGUUAAGAAAGAAAUUAGUUUAGAACGGCCAGGCAUAUCCAGUACCUCAAUUCGGUCAGAUUGUAAAAUCGCUGCAACUGCUGGCUGGGACCACAGAGUUAGAAUAUACAAUUAUCGCAAAGGAAAUCCUCUGGCAAUUCUGAAAUAUCACCAUGCCACGUGUAGCUCUGUCUCAUACUCAACCGACUGCAAGCUGAUGGCUUCUGCAUCAGAAGACACAACUGUUGCACUAUGGGAACUAUAUCCUCCUCAAACUUGAAGCAGGAGUGGAACUAAUAUUGUUAUCCUGCUACUGUCUGCUCAAGUUGCUCCAGCAAUUAGGUUCUAGUCUAAUGUGACAAUGUGAAUGUUGUCACACUUCCAGCUCUUCCUUAAGAAAACAAAUCCCACAGAUGAAAUCAGCUUUUGCUGACAUUUCCAGAGAAUGUUGACUGUAAAGAUUCACCAUUUCUUUCAGAACCUAUAUUCUUCCUUUUGCCGCUUUGACAGACAAGAAAGUACUGGGAAGGAGUGCAAAUCUUGAACCACGACGUGGAGAUUAAGGACUCAUCUGGAAGAUAAGGAUCUAAUCCUGAAACUAUCCCAUUGCUUUAAAGCCUUAAACUGGGGUCUUAUCAGACUACUAAUUAAAGUUUAUCUGAGUCAAGACCGAUCAACAUCACUGCCCUUCCAUAUUUUGUCAUAACUCGUAGUCCUGUGGAUAUGACAACAGCUACUGAUUCCAGGGAAUAGUUCUUCACGUGGUGAUUUUUUCCAUUCGCUCAACAGUUCACAUCACUUUGAUACUGACA